CAUUCCUGGCUUUCCUCCAGCCCCUCCUCCAGCUGGUGCCCCUGCUGACUCACAGACCUCACAGGCCAGAAAACCAGGUCAACUGACUGCAGAUCUUCUCUUCUCCCUCUCUUCUCCCAGAUCCAAUCUCCAGUCUCAUCCUCAGCUCUGCAGCAGGAACAACUGCAGCAGCCUUCCCUGCACCCCAGUUCCCAUCUCCUGUGGAUCCCACAGAUCUUCCCUUUCUAACCUUCCUGCCUUAAACUUGUUGCCUUGUCCCAGCUCAUUCUUUGCUUAUGACUAAGACACACUCCCUUCCUACCAGGAGCGAUUCCAAGUAUUGUGGAAAGAUGGUUUCCAAGGUUGACUCCUUGCCAAACUGAGUUUCAGAAGAGUAAGUCUGAUUAGGGAAGGAAGCAUGCGCACACAUGAAUAGGGGUUAUUGCUCAACCUGCAUUCACGCCCUGGUGGAAAUGGACUUUCAGUUUCAGUAGCUCCGGAUGGUAGGAGAGAAGCACCAUGGCUGACAACAUCCUCAAGGCAAAGAGGAAGCAGUUCAUCCGUUCAGUGGGUCCAGAGACAAUAAAUGGCUUGCUGGAUGAACUUUUGGAGAAGAAAGUGCUGAACCAGGGAGAGAUGGAGAGAAUAAAAGCUGUAAAUGCCACUGUUAUGGACAAGGCACGGGAACUGUGUGAUUCUGUCACUAAAAAGGGGCCUCUGGCAUGCCAAAUCUUUAUCACUUACAUUUGUAAUGAAGACGUCUACCUGGCAGGAGUUCUGGAGCUUGACUUGGGUUCACCAGCUGAAAAUUCCAUCGGGACAGAUAAUUUCCAGGGAGGACUUCCUUCUUCCUCAGAAACAAAGCAAGAACAGAACAAAGAAGGCGGCACACUCCCAGGACCAAGUGGGACCAUCAAGUUAUGCUCCUUAGAAAAAGCCCAGAGGAUACGGGAAGAAAACCCUUCAGAGAUUUAUCCAAUAAUGAAUAGAUCCACUCGUACACGUCUUGCCCUCAUUAUCUGCAACACAGAGUUUGAAUACCUUCCUAGGAGGGAUGGAGCUGAUGUGGACCUCAGAGAAAUGAGGUUGCUGCUGCAGGAUCUGGGAUAUACUGUGAAAGAGAAAGAAAAUCUCACAGCUCAGGAGAUGACUGAAGAGGUAAAGGAAUUUGCUGACUGCCCAGAGCACAAGACUUCUGACAGUACUUUCCUUGUAUUCAUGUCUCAUGGUAUCCAGGAAGGAAUAUGUGGGAAGACAUACUCUGAUAAAGUACCAGAUGUUUUAAAAGUCGACACUAUCUUUCGAAUGAUGAACACUUUGAAGUGUCCAAGUUUAAAAGACAAGCCCAAAGUUAUCAUCAUUCAGGCCUGCCGUGGGGAGAACCGAGGAGUGGUGUUGGUAAAAGAUUCAGUAGAAGACACUGGAAAGAAAUUCCUAGUGGAUGCGGACUUGGAAGAUGAUGGAAUUAAGAAAGCCCACAUAGAGAAGGAUUUUAUUGCUUUCUGCUCUUCAACACCAGAUAAUGUCUCCUGGAGACAUCCUGUCAAAGGCUCUCUUUUCAUUGUGGAACUCAUCAAACACAUGAAAGAAUAUGCCUGGUCUUGUGACCUGGAGGACAUUUUCAGAAAGGUUCGAUUUUCAUUUGAACAACCAAAAUAUAGUUUACAGAUGCCCACCACUGAAAGGGUGACUUUGACAAAACGUUUCUACCUGUUCCCAGGACAUUAAAAUAAGAAGCCAAGAAUUCCAUCAUUCUGUACCUGUUUUGAGAAUCAUGCAAAUUAAAAGCAACAUUUCUCUAAAUGAUGCAAUAAAUCUCAAACAAAACUGAAAGGCUACCCUGUUUAUUGUUGCUGUUGCUAUUGAAUUUUCCUUUACUUGACUUGAUGCUCAGAGCACAAGAGGAGGAACUUGUGUCUUUUUUAUUGAAUGAAUUCUUUGAUAAUUUUAUACAUGUAUAAAGUGCAUUUUGAUUACUAUAACUUCAUACCUUCUUUAUUAUUCUUUUAUCGCUGUAAUUACUCUCUCUCUACCAUUCCCUUUCACAGACCCAUGUGUCUUUUGUUUUUGAGACCUACCAAGUUUAACCAGGAUCAUCAGGGCAACCAUGGGAAGGGACUGUCCACUGGAGCCUUGUAGAUACCUUAGUGGAAAUACAACUGCAGACAAUUAACUGGCCCUCUCUGUAGUGAAUUACUGUUCUGUCUAUGACCUCGUAAUACCACCCCUAGAUAUGUAGUAGGUAACUGACCUACCUACCUAUGACCUUGAAGUACCUGCCCCUGGGGUAUGGCUUGGGACUACCCUUAAGACUUGAGACACAUGUAGGCUGGUUUCUUCUCUUGCUCAUGGGCUGGAUGGUGCAGACAGCAUUAGACUGUACCUCAGCUUUCCAGGAUUAAAUCUCCUGUGCUGUAGUGAGUUUCCCCCCUAAUAAAUUCCUUUAUCCUUUAAGCAGACUCCAUGGAUUUCUCACAUUAUCUGGCCCCCAAUAUGGGGCACAAACCCACAACCCUGUGAUUAAGAGUCUCAUGAUCUACCAAUUGAAGCUAAUUUAGCAAACUAUCAGCCUCAGAUAAAUUGCACUGUAAUGGAUUCUUGUAUAUUGAUACAAUUUAAACUAUUUUUCUACUCCUAUGUAAGAUAAUUUGUAUAUUGAUACAAAUUCAAAACUAUAAUUGUCAUAUUGUACACAUGUUCCUACUUGUAUUUAAAGUAUUUUUUAUAUUGACGCAAAUGGAAAAUUAUAUUUACCAUAUUGUAUGUAUGUUCUACUUUUGUUUAGGAUAUUUUGUAUAUUGAUACAUAUUAAGGAUAUUGUUAUCAUAUUGCACUAUACAUUUCUACCUCCAUUUAAGAUAUUUUGUGUUGUCACAAUUUUGAGGUCAUUGUCCUUACACUAUACAUCUGUUUAUAGACUGUUUACCUUGAUAUGUGAAGCCUUAGUCCUUAGGUUAUUUAGGUGGGUAAGACUUACAGAUUAAUAGUCAUCUAUAGUUAUGUUAGUUGGGUUUUCCAGAUUUACAGAAACUUAUGUCAGAUGGAUAGGAAUCUUUAAAUGCUUCAUAGACCUAGGGAACAUGACAUUUAAAAUGUUUUGAUAACUUAGAAUUCUGUUAACGUUGAGACACGAUUGCUCCUGGAAGGACCAAUCUACUCCCUUGAGAGAAUGCCGGGCUUCUAAGACACUCCAUUUGAAAGUUUAUCUUCUUCUUGACACAAAAUGGCCUGCUGGGCAAAGAACUGCCCUUGCCUCGACUGCUGACAGUACAAAGGCUGUCCUUUCUGGAUGAGCAGGACACAAGGAAAAGUGACUACUGAAACUUGCCAAAACAGGUAAAGAUGGUCUCUCAAAAUUCUUGCUUCUGAAAAUGGUCUGUCAGAUAUUCUAGUCCUUUAGUCAAAAUGGAUGUCCCAAUUGUGCUGAGAAUCUUUAGGUGACUGUCCAGGCUGCCAGUUGUCUCUGUCUAUUCUCAAAUUUUUUUCAGAAGUUGCUUGUUUGCACUUCCUGUUUUCUCGGGUAAUAUUAUGUUCCUUCUCAGGUCUUUGAUGGGGUUGAAGACUAGAUAGUUACAGUUAUAAUCCUCUCAUAUAUCUUAGCUAAGAAUAUUUCAGAUAAUAAAGUUAGAUUCUUUAGGAUAGUACAGCUAUUGGAGCAAUCUCUGUAACAUGCCAUUUACCUAUAUUCUGGACAUUUCUGGAUUUUAGUAUGUGUCUCUUGUUUGAUGUUGCUCUUGCUGGUUGUAUUUCUAUUUUUUUUAUGUUAUUACCUUUCCCCUCUCCUGGACAAUACUUGAUAAUUGUGCCUAUUGUAUAUAGUUUUGUAUUAGGUUAGAAUUUUCUUAUUUUUUUUUAAGAUUUAUAUAUUUAUUAUGUAUACAGAUCUCAUUACAAAUGAUUGUGAGCCACCAUGUGGUUGCUGGGAAUUGAACUCAGGACCUCUGGAAGAGCAGUCAGUGCUCUUAACCUCUGAGCCAUCUCUCUAGCCCCGAAUUUUCUUAUUUAAACAAAAGGGGGACAUGUAGUGAAUAGCUGUUCUGUCUAUGACCUUGUAAUACUGCCCCUAGAGAUGUAGCAGGUAACUAUCCUACCUACCUAUGACCUUGAAUUACCUGCCCUUGGGACAUGGCUCAGGGCUACCCUUAAAACCUGAGGUGCAUGUAAGCCAUGCUGGUUUCUUUUCUCACUCAUGGGCUGGAUGGUGUAGACUGUCUCAGAGGCAGAACAGCAUUGGACUGUACCUCAGCUUUCCAGGACUCUACAAUGAAUCUCCCAUGCUGUAGUGAGUUUUCUCCCCUAAUAAAUUCAUUCACCCUUUAAGCAGACUCCAUGGGUUUCUCAUAUUACCUCCCAGAAUCCCUUAGUAGCCAGGGUGUCAACAGAGUUAUUAGACUUGACUCUUGAGGCUGAACUGACUGGGCACCAUUAUUUCUUUUAAGGUAUCAUUUGCUUGUCUUUCUCUAUACACAUAUAAAAUUGAUAUCUUCACCACAGGUGUGUGAAUUCCUAGAAUUUAGAGUUCAGCAGAAGAGAUAUAGGAAAUAGAACUGGGAAGGUGACAGCCAAAAUGAAAAAUGACAUUUCAAAGUGAAGUGCUUACUACUAUUGAGACUUUCACAAGAACCCAGCAAUUUCUACAUGCUGUUAUACUUCAGGGUUUCAAAGAAAAUAUUGAUUCAGUCCAGAACCUUAAAAUUUCAAAAUCUCAUUGUGAAGAUAAAACAAUCAGCACCCCUAGCAAAUAUGGAAUAAUUAGCAAACACACAUGACACUGAACAGAUGGUCGAUUGUGAUACUCAACAGCAUUUGGUAGGUUAAGAAAGAGCUGAGAGAAAGGCCCUCCACAUGCCCCUUUCUAACCCAUCCCAUCUAAUCCAACAUUCCCUAUAGCCUCAAAAUUGAUCACACCACAAACUUUGUCUUUGGCCCAUUCUCUAACCAUGUCCCUGAUACACCUUUUUGCUGAGAUCAUGUGGUCAAGCAUGCAUUCUAUUAAAGCCUUAACUACCUCUAUGAGCAAGGAGCAGUCUUUGUUCAGAGAAUAUCACACAUAGUGGUGAUUAGUCACUCUCAGCAAAAAUUUAUACAAAAAGGCAGUCUUGCACAG